AUGACUAUGACUACAAGUAAUUCUUCUGAGAAAACAUCGACGUCUAAUCCCAGUUCUAGUAACUCUAGUGGUGGAACAAAAGUCCCUGGAAGUAAGACUUAUGGCAAAUAUAUGCAAGUGGUGACAAGUGCGUUUAAUGAAGCUAUUAUUGAUUCACCCACAUUUAGAGCUUCUGUCAAUUAUUAUGAUUCAAAAGUGAAUGAACUACAAGAAUGGUUGGGGAAUACCUUGGAUUAUAUCGAGUAUAAAUAUACUAAACCAAAGACUGAAAUUCAAAAGGUUCAGGGGGUUCUUUUACAAAGUAUUCUGCCGAGUCCAACCUUAUUAAGCAAUGGUUUGGUCUCAAGUCAAUCUCAGGCACCAACUGUAGCGGAAGAGUUCGGAAAGAAUUAUUCAGAAUUUAUUAGUACUUUGGAAGGUAUUGCACUAUUAGAAGAGAAGAGUUAUUCAGAGACUUUGUUAGGUUUACAAGUUGGAGCCAUUGAACCAUAUUUGGCAAAACGUAAGGACUUUGAGGAAUGUCAAGAGAAAUAUGAUAAUAUGAUUAAUCAAACUCUAUCUAAACCAGGAUCCAAUUCAAAUACUAAAGCGUCUUAUUUAAAGGAUGAAGAAGAGAAGUUGUUUGUAUUAAGGAAAGAAUAUGUUGAGGCAUCAUUUUCAUUGGUAUGGGCAAUUGUCACGUUGAGACUUGGGAUGGAUAAAUUUAUGGUAGAAAUUAUAGGUCAGUUUAAUAAAAAAAACGUUUACACUUUCAAAGAAGAUGGGAAACAAGUUAAUUUAUCACCUAUUAUUAAUCAUCGUUUCCAUAGUUAUUUCAAAUGGGUUAAAUAUUCCAUGUCCUCAUUCAACAGUCUUCAUGAAAACAUGUCUCAAGGAAAAGAGAGAGUAUACAAGAAAUUGAUAAAGGAUAUCACACCUUCAACAGAUCAAAAGGAUUACAUAUUAGCAAGUUUGGAUGGAUUUAGAGAUAUAUCUCCAACUACUUACCUAAGUAAACCAGUGAUGAAAAAUGGUUGGCUUUUAAUGAAGACUAGUGUGGGCCCCUCUGCUCUUACACUUUGGGUUAAAAGAUGGUGUUCUGUGGAUGAAUUUAUGUUUGGAAUGUUCCUAUUAUCAGCAAAUAAGUCUUAUGUUGAAGAGACGGACAAAUUUGGGAUUUCUUUGAUUACUCUACAUUAUCCAAUCGAGUCUAGCAGACGAUUUUGUUUUAACUUGGAAAUUACAAGGAGAAAUAGUAAAGCAAACCCAAUGAUUAUCACUUUUCAAGCAAAAAAUGUGUCACAAUUGAGAGAGUGGAUACUUGCAUUCACCAAGUCCAAAUUAAAAUUCGAAACAUUUAUGAAGGAUAAAUCAAAGAAGGAUGAAACAGAUUGUGGUCUUAGACGCUAUUCCCCUAGGUUUGUAGAGUUUGCAUCAUCAGCCAAUACUUAUUAUGAUCAAAUCCUUACGACGAAGGAUUCAAGUACGAUAUCGCUAAUUGAGUCCUUGAAAGGAAUAUUGAAACCUGAGCAAAUUACAGAUACCAUCGAACAAAAAACGCAGGCACAUAAAGCUAUUUCUACUCCCUCACAAACGCAAUUAACCCCAUUGGCGCUUCUAGCUGGCCCAUUUAGAGAAAAAUCCUAUAGAAUGUUAGAUGCUAUCCAAGCAAAUAUUUGGGGGUUGAAUCCCUUAAACCAAAAUGGUGCUGUGUCUGUUAAUGAGAGUGAUCCAAUCCCUAUGUCUCAUCAUACAAAACCAAAGAAACUUAUUUUCCCCAAAAAUUACACUGAUGAGCUCAAAUUAGAAUAUAUUCAAUUUAAAACACUUUAUGAAUCAAUUAAUUAUAAUUUCUCAAAGAAAUAUUUAAGCGAUGUGAACGAAUAUGUUCUUCUAAAAUUUACUAACGUUUGGUCACUUGACGGUAGGCAAAUGUUUAUGGGUAUUUGUUAUCUUACUAAGAAACACAUGUAUAACUACCUCUCAGCUGGUGGUUUAUUCCAUCUAUCAAGAUUACAAUUAAAUAGAUUCGAAGGAGCGGAAUUUAAUGAGAAGAACAAAAAUUUAGUGUAUGUACGUCAAAAAGGAGGAGUUACAAUCAAACUUAAUGUGACACUUUGUAAUUACAGAGCGGUAGCUUCGAAAAUUCAAUAUUUAAUCGAACUGAAUGCUUCAAAAAUCGAUAAAUCUGUGGACGAUAUAUUAGCAAAAUUUAAUAGUAUUGAUCGAGUUUACAAUGAAAUUGCGCAGAAGGAAGAACUUAUUAAUGACUCUGGGACUAAUAAUUUAAUUAAAACGGAAUAUAACCUGGGAAAAACAUUUUGGAACAUGGAUCCAUCAGAAGAAGAAAUUAAAGAAAAAAUAUAUGAAAUUCAAAAUAAUUUUGGAAGGACUUAUACCAGAAGUUAUGAUAUUCCCAGUAAAGCUUUAUUGCACAUAAUGUUUGGUGAUCACUCGAAUGUGUUUCCCAACUCAUUAUUUUUAGCUGAUAAGGAAAGUAACUACAACAAGUCAAAGUAUUGGAAACAAGUUCAAGAUUCCAAUGGAAAAAUAGAAUUAGAAAGAAUUGUUCAGUUUAGACAAAAUAGAACAAAUAAUUUCGUCACUGACAAAGAAAAGUUUGUCUCACUAAAGCAACGUAUUACAGAAAUGGUGGAGAAUAGAUAUUAUGAAAUUGAACAAGAGCCAAUAAUAUUGGAUAUUUCUUUUUGUAGGCCUUUAAAAUUAACAGUUUUAUACAAUAUUACUGAAUCUCAAAAUGCAGAAAACCGUGCUGCCUCAAAACUCAAUCUAUCGAGUAACGGAUGUCGUCUGUAUGUUCAUUAUAAAUUAGAGUUUUUGAAUGCAGAUGAUAUUUGCUUCUUUGAGAAAUAUACUCAAAAUCUUGUUUUCCGCAUAACAGAAAUGGAAUUCAGUUUUGUCAGAAGAUCAAUACAUUAUUAUUUGGAAAAAAUUGGAUCUCAUGGACAUGUUACAAAAGCAAUAAAACUUUGUGGUUUAUUGGGUGUGACUAUGGAUGAAAAAAUACAAUAUGAAAAGAAUGAGAGUAUACCUAGUGCUGACGAUUUUCAGCUUCCGGGCCAACUAAGCGGUGAUGAAUCCGAGACUGCGAGGAAUGACUCUACAGAUAAUGCUCCAACCGGAAUGAUUGGUCUUAAAAAUACGAACAGCAAUAAGACUGGAGGUAAAAAUGUUUUGAAUUCAAAGUAUGAGAGUUUACCGGUUAUAAGGUAUGAUUGGAACUUGCUAACAAGAAUUUCCUUCACACUUUUGAUUUACAAAGUGAUUAAUGUGGUUUUUAUUUCUCUAAGAUUUAUUCUACUGGGGAUAUCGUUUGGUAUAAAAUGUAUAAAAUGCAUUAAUUAUGUUUUGUUAUGUGGGUUAAUCAUUUCUAUUCUAUUAAACGUAACUUUAACAGCAAGAUCGACGAUAUCAUAUUGGUCUGUCCGCAAGGCGAACCAUAUAUUUGACGAUGUCUUAAAAGGGAAAGAUAAUUCAUCCAUGGCAAAGAGUAUUUCAUUGAAAGAUUUGGAUAUUUUAACUGAUUAUUUAAGUGGUUCUAACAGCGAUGUUGUGUUUAAAAAAUAUAAAGAGCAAUCUGCAUCUAAGGAAAAUAAAUACAGAAAUACAAGAUCCGAAAUUGGUGCAAGGAGAAAUGAUCUGUUAAUCGAACUUAGAAUAUUAAAGGGUAUGGAAAAAGAAUUAGUUCAAGGUGAUUAUAGAUCUUUUUUAAUGGGAGAAAUCGAAAAUUGUAAGAGGGUUACAGUAGAAUUUCCAUUGAUUUGGGAGGAUGAUGAGCAGUUGCAAAACUAUUGUAACAUUUGCUAUGAAGAGUAUGAAAAUUUAAAUAUUGAAAUUCUGUGA